CCCACCUCUCUUUCUCUCUCUUCUGGAUUGUGGGGUUUUCGCGUUUCGGAGAAGGACCCAGAUAAAGAAGCAAGAAACAAUGGAGGACAGUGCAACGACUGGGUUGCAUGAUUUUACUAGGGCUUCAAGAAAAGCCGAAGAAGCAGCUUGGAGGCGAUUCCAAGCUGUUGAAUGGCUUGAAACCUUGGUGGGUCCACUUGGCAUACCAAAACAACCAUCGGAGAGAGAGUUCAUUUCUUGCUUGAGAAAUGGUCUGAUCCUAUGCAAUGCCAUCAACAAGAUUCAACCAGGAGCGGUGCCCAAGGUAUUACAUUUUCGGGAAUCUCAAGCAUUGCCUGCAUAUCAGUAUUUUGAAAAUGUUCGUAACUUUCUAGUCGCUGUGGAAGAGUUGAAGCUACCUGCUUUUGAAGCUUCUGACCUCGAAAGGGAUGCAUUGGAGGCAGGGUCGGCAGCCAAGGUUGUUGAUUGCGUUUUAGCCCUUAAAUCCUAUGAGUGGAAGCAGAUGAGCAAUGGGAAUAGCUUUAAUAAAAAUGUUAAAUCUCCCUUAGUUAUGAUUUCUGCCAAUAUAAUGCAUUCAAGGGCCUCGGCUGUGGUCCCAUCAGACUCUUGCAGGCAAUUGGAUAUGUCUGCUGCAUGUGAGAUACAACCACCUGUUGAGGGUGACAAUCAAAAACUUCAAGUGGAUUGCAUAGAAUCUGUUAUCAAGUUACUUGUUGACUCUAUGGUUGACAUAAAGGAAAACAUUGAUGACAAACUUCUUGCUUCCUACCAUAAUGGAGAUGUGGAUACAAUUCGCCUCCUUCAAAGGAUCAUGACAAGUUGUUCAGAGCAACAUCUUCAGAAGAAGUCUCCUGAGUUGAAUUCUAUGUCAAAAGAACCCUUGAAAGAAAGAAGCAGCUCACCUGCCCAUUCAACAUCUAUGCCUCUAGAGGAUUUAUCUGCUCUUGAAAACUCCAGAUGCUGCAAAGCUUGUUUGAAAAAUGGUAACUGCAACCACAGACUACUAUUCCAAACACAAGAGAAAGAACUUGUGGAUCUCAAGGCUUUGUGGUUAAGUGCAAAAAAGGACUUUGAAGACUUACAGACCCAGCUACAGAGAGAUAUAAAACACUUGGGGACUCAGGUACAGGAACUGUCCACUGCCGCUCUUGGGUAUCACAGGGUGGUGAGAGAGAAUCAAAAACUAUACAACAUGGUUCAGGAUUUGAAAGGUAAUAUUCGAGUAUACUGCCGGAUUAGGCCUUCCUUCAGUUCUGAAUCCAAAAAUGUGAUCAAAUUUAUUGGAGAGGAUGGUUCAGUUGUGAUCUUGGACCCUGCAAAGCCCCAAAAAGAUGGAAGGAAAGAUUUUCAAUUCAACCGAGUGUUUGGUCCAACUUCUAGCCAAGAUGAGGUUUUCAAGGACACUCAACCACUCAUUAGGUCUGUGAUGGAUGGCUAUAAUGUUUGCAUUUUUGCUUAUGGUCAAACUGGAUCCGGAAAAACACAUACUAUGAGUGGUCCAUCAGGUGGGUCAACUAGGGAUAUGGGGAUUAAUUAUCUAGCUCUCAACGAUUUGUUCCAGAUGUCAAAUAGAAGGAAGGAUAUCAUACAUUAUGACAUUCAUGUCCAAAUGGUUGAAAUAUACAACGAACAAGUACGAGACCUCCUUGCAGAAGAUUCGUCCACUCACAAAUUAGAGAUUCGAAGCUGCCCUACUGAUAAUGGCUUGAGUAUUCCAGAUGCUACAAUGCAUUCAGUGAAUUCUACCACUGAUGUCCUCAACCUCAUGAAAUUUGGUGAGAUGAAUCGUAUGGUCAGUUCUACUGCAAUCAAUAACCGCAGUAGCCGUUCCCAUAGUGUCCUGACAAUCCAUGUGCAUGGAAAAGAUACUUCCGGAGGCACUCUCCGCAGUUGCCUUCAUUUGGUUGACCUAGCAGGAAGUGAAAGAGUGGACAAAUCUGAAGUUACAGGUGAUAGGCUCAAAGAGGCACAGUAUAUCAACAAAUCUCUUUCUUGUUUAGGAGAUGUUAUCACAGCCUUGGCUCAGAAGAACUCUCACAUCCCUUACAGAAACAGCAAACUCACACUUCUGCUGCAAGGCGCCUUAGGUGGACAUGCUAAAACUUUAAUGCUUGCUCAUGUGAGUCCAGAAGAAGAUUCUUUCAAUGAAACAAUCAGUACCUUGAAGUUUGCUCAGAGGGUUUCCACUGUUGAACUUGGUGCUGCUCGUUCAAACAAGGAGAGUGGUGAGGUUAUGCAACUCAAAGAACAGAUUGAGAAUCUUAAAAAGGCAUUAGCAAACAAGGAAGUUCAGGGCAUGCAGUUUAAUAAAACAAGCGAGAAACCAAGAACAAUGACUGAGAGAACUCCUCAACGUCUUAGAAGAUUAAGCAUUGAAAAUUGCAGCACUGUGAAGACUGAGAAAGCAAUAAACCUUGAAGACAGAAAGGGAUCAAAAACCCCGUCUCUAUCAACUCGUUCGAGAAGAUUGAGCUUGGAAGGUCCAAGGUCUGUUAAGAAGGAUAAUCUGCAAAUAUCACAUGACAUGGGGAAAUUCCUGGCAUCUGAAACAGUACCAAUGGAGAAUUGUGGUCAACUUCAAGAGACAGAAGCAGUCACUAAGCCUUUUGGCCAUUUCAGAAAUGAGAAUACCACAUUGGAAGUGUGGUGUCCCAAAACUCCUCGAAGUCCAACAAGGAUUCCCUAUCAGAAGCGAGUUGUAGAAACAGAUAGUAAAACACAAGUUUCUUCUCUUCAGCCACCACCAACAACACCUGAACCACGUCCCAGGGCUCCUCGAAGUCCAACAAGCUGUACCUAUCAGAAGCGAGUAUUUGAAACACAGAGUAUAACCCAAUGUCCUCCUCUUCAGCGACCAGUGACACCUGAACCUCAGCCGAAGGCUCCUCGAAGCCCAAGGAUGGCUAGCUAUCAGAAGGGAGGGUUAAAAACAGAUAGCAAGAUCCCUCCUGUUCAGAUACCGACAACACCUGGUCCUGAACCACCAAUGCGUUCCAGAAAUGAGGUACAGAUUGCUAUGCAAAGUAAGCUCCCUCUUCCUGCGGAUUACCUGACACCUAAUUUGGCAAGUAGCAUCAGUGGGAAAGGAUCUCAGAUAAGGAGAUCCCUGCGGACAAUUGGAAAACUGAUUAAUGGCUCGGAAAAGAGGAAUCAGCAAAGUUUGGUGGACACACAUUCAACUGUUAAAUGCUCAGGCGAUAUCAAUGAAGGGAAAUCACCAGUUACAAAUAAUGCAAAAACUCAGAGGAGGCAAUCACUAACUGGCAUUCCAUCAUCAGGGUCUGACAGACGAUCCUCUCUGGGAGGGAAUACAGUUGACACUGGUGUAAAGGACAAUAGAAAUGCCAAAACACCUCCUCCAGUUCGCUCAUCAACGAAAAAUAACAAGCGGUGGCUCUAGAUCAUUUGAUGUGCUGAAAUUGCAGUGGUGGUGCUUUAACUCGAAGCAUACUGAUGUGCUGAAAUUUGAAGUGGCUAUAGAUCAUUUGAUGCAAAGUGAAAACUGCAGUGGUGGUGCUUUGACUCAAAGCAUACUGAUGUGCUAAAAUUUGAAGUGGUAACAGAUAGCAUUAUGAGAAUGCCCUCGAGUAAAAGAUAGGCUAACAUGAUUGUAACUG